AUUACAUACUGCUGUGCUCGUGCUCUUAGCAACGGUGCCUCAGCAACAGAGCCACGGCAACAGAGCUCCACGGCAACAGCGUGCCGUGUCUCCCCAAUGGAGCUGCCAUUGGGCGGACCAGCGCUCAGGCACUACACCCAGAGCAGACCGAGACCUCACCGACAAAAACUGAACUAUCGUCCCAGCAGACCACAGGAGACAAUAAUUGAGAGUGAAAAUGAAGUCCUUGAGCUCAUGGGGCGAGUGGAUGAAGGAGUUGAAGAGUUCUUUACUAAAAGAGUACUUCCUACUGAUACACUGAAAAAGCAAGAUGAGGAAUCUAUCACGGUGCACGAAGUGGCUCCUGCCAGCUCAGUCCCUUGUCCACCCCCAACAAAAACUCUCAGGAGGAAGCUUGGUGAUUUCUUCACACUCAAAAAGAGACGAGGUUUGAAAUCAGAGACAAGCCACGAGGGGCGUCCCAAAAAGGCCUCCAUCGCUGAUCUCAUUCGCCCGCUCAGGGAGGUCGCCAGAGCUGAGAAAGAAAAAGAUAAGGACAGAGUCAAGGAACACGACAAGGAAAAUGAAAAGGAGAAAGCAAAAGAACCUCCCAGUGCUGUUGCUGGAGAGUCAGCUGGUCAGGAGACACCUGUUUCUGGUGCUCCAGCGCUGAGGGGUGAAGCGGUGCCUCCCCGCCGAGCUCUCAGAGAGGGGAAGUCCCAGUCUCUCAUUUUGCUGUCUGGAUCAGCAGCAGCAGGGACUACUAAUGCCAGAAACACUGCAAAGAAACAAUUUGAAGGCCAACAUAGCUUUGAACAAAAACUCCAUCUCAUGCUUCAACGUAUUGGAGUUUCCAAACAACCGUCAGGAGAGACACAGAAUCAGGAGGGUGAGAUGAAAAAAGCAGAAUCUGAAGGUACCAUCAUUGACAGUAAACCUGAGCCACCUCCUACUUUCUCCAAACCUCGAACGAUGUCAGCUUCAUCAGAUACAAGGCAUCAAAUUCGACCAAGUGUGUCAGCACACGAGUCAGCUGGGAAACCUGCUUUGCUACCAAAGCCAGUUAUCAAACCAGGUCCACCCCCCACAACAUCUGGCCGCAACACACCUGAGAAUGAGCUAGCCCAAAUACAGGAAGGGGAGACAAACACGCCCACUAAACUCAAUCGAACUGCAGCUCCGUCUGCUCCCGCUGCUCCUGCCCUCACUGCUACCACCACUCAUACUGUACCAACAAUCUCAAACUCAAUCCCUGACUCAACCAGUUUUACAAUUUCUCCUUCAAGUACUGUAACUCCCUCUGAUACAGAUAUAUGCACUGACUCUGUUAAACCUACUGCAGCAGCUACAACACCCACAAAUGUUACAGAGCUUGACAGCAAAGCCUCUGUCCCUGAGGCUAGUGCAACUACCACUGAACUACCCAGCUAUACCUUCCCGACAACACUUACAAGCGCCACUACACCCACAGAGCCCCCCGCCACUGUCUCAGUUACUUCCACUUCCUCAGAGUCCAAUACUCUGAGCCUUUCUGUCACUUCCAACUUGACAACAAUAGCUACGCCUUCCAUUAACACCUCAGAAACUGUUUCUGCUCCCAGCAAUGAAAGCUCAGUUUCCAGAACAUCAACAAAUCUGUCAACGAAAUCAACUUUGCCAGAACCAGAUGGUAUACUCUCAGUUGAUGUCACUCCUGCUGAUGGUGGUGAUGCAGCUAUUUCUCUCAUCACCACAGCUUCUUCACCCUCCACCAGCAUAUCUAAAAUGUCAUCAGGCUUGUGCACCACCACCGAUUCAGUUACUGCAGCUAGUGAUGAUUCCACUUCAGUCACCUCCUCUAGCUGUGUAACUUUAGUUUCAUCAGUCACUGACUCUACAUCUCCACCAUCUAACUCAAGUGAUACCAUUACAGCUACAGUUUCACCUGACGCCCCCAUUACCACUUCUUCCACUCUGAUCUCCACUGCCUUUCCUCCCACCAACUCCACCUCCUUGUCCACCACCACCACCACCACUACAAGCCCAACAACCACCGACUGCAUGACCUCUGUCUCUGCUUCCACCAUUACUCAUCCAGCCAUCACUAGCCCCACUGAUAUCUCUGCUCCCUCUACUUCUUCUAGUGAAACAACCCCUACAGGCACCACUUCCACUGCCACCAGUUUAAAUUGUGCAGAUACCACUUCCACCACCAGUUCAGCAACCACAGCUGCAGUUAGCUCCACACUCUCGAUUGACUCAGACCCACCAUACACUAACAAUGUCAGCACUACCCUCACAACCCCAACUAUCUCUGGCCUCCCUGCUACUGAUAACUCAAAUGCUACUUCUCACCAUUUGACCAGUCCAGCACACUCCAAUGAUAGUACAGGCCAAGAUAAUAAUUUACAGACACCUCCUGAAGAAAGAUCCAGUACAGAGCCGGCAGAAAAGGGCACAGCGGAUGAGGAGCUUGAUAUGGUCCAAAAGAGCAAGCAAACUGAGAUGGGUGAGAACAAGGUAAUUGUCAAUGGUGCGAAGAAGGGCGAGAAUGAAAAACCAACGCUGGUCACCAGUGAAGAAACAAGAAAAGAAGCUGAAGCUGAAGAAGACACAAUGGCUGAACCUCCAUCAGGGAAAGAGGGUGAGCGGUGCAGCAAUGAGGGUGUGGUAGAGGGUCAAAAACAAGAAGAAACCAAGUCAGUGUGCAAGAAGUAAUUAAAAAUAAUAAAGAAAUUGCUAAAUAUGGGACCAACUACUGUGACGGGGCAGGAGAGGCCACAGUAAAGGGUAAAGUGGGGGACGAUCCAUGGCACUUCCUACAGGGACCACCACAUUACAGCAGCACACCACAAAGGGUGGGCCACUGGACCAAAGAACUGAGAUCCCCUUGGUGUGAUGUAAUCAACAAAUCCAGCAGUGUCUUUGUCCUUUUUUAACUUAUGUUUGACUUUUUGCAUUGCACGUAUGAUUAUGUACCAUAAGACAACUACUGUGGUAAAUUACACCAUGUUUACAAUAGAUGGAUAAGAGACAUAGAUAUGAAUAUUAAAUGGAAUAUUGAAUUGAA